UAUACAUGAUAUAUAUUCAAAGUACUGUACGUGUAUCCAUCAAUAACAUCUGUAUCUAUAUAUUUCUAGGGCUUUUUUCACAAAAUCCCCAAUCUUAAUUAUCUCAACCCUAGCAACCAUGGCCGUCGAGCCUCUCGAACGUCGUGAGGACUCCAAAGAGAAGCCGCCCCCCGACGAGCGUCCCGCAUCGCCGUCGCCUCCGCCGCCGCCGAUGCGACGCCGCGACCGAGAUUCAAGAGAGAGGAGAGACAACGCGGAGACCGUGGAUCGAGCGGUGAGGAGAGAGUAUAAUGACCGGAGUGGUAAUUUGGGGCGAGAGAGGGAGUAUAAUAAGCGGCGAGCGAGUCCUGGGAGUCCGCCGCCGAGUGUGUAUCGGGACCGGAGGAAUUACUCGCCGCCGCCGAGGAGGUCGCCGCCGGGGCAGGGGUAUAAGAGGAUGAGGAGAGAUGAGGGGUAUGAUGGCCGGAGAGGGAGUCCGCCUGGGCGAGGUGGUUACGGAGGGGGCGAUAGAAGAUUUGGAUAUAAUCAGCAUCUAAACGGGAAUGAUCGGGAAAUGGGUGGUAGGUCUGGUUAUCCUGAUGAAAGGCCUCAUGGCCGGCAUGGUGGACGUUCAUCUGGUGGAUAUGAAAGUGGUCCAUCUGGCUGGGGUUCAGGCCGGGGUGGUUAUACAGGUGCUGCCAAUACAGGUAGAAGUCAAAGAGAAGGAUUAAUGUCAUAUAAGCAGUUCAUCCAGGAACUUGAAGAUGAUAUAUUACCCGCUGAAGCUGAGCGCAGAUAUCAAGAGUACAAGUCUGAAUAUAUAACAACACAGAAGCGUGCUUAUUUCAAUGCCCAUAAACAUGAAGAAUGGUUGAAAGACAAAUACCACCCUACCAAUUUGCUUGCUGUCAUAGACAGGAGGAACGAGCAUGCACGAAAGAUUGCCAAAGAUUUUUUGCUGGAGCUGCAAAGUGGAACUGUUGAUAUAGGUCCCGGUAUCGAUGCUUCUGCAAGCAAAGCAGGACAAACAGCUGAUACCAAUUCUGAAAAUGAAGUAGAUGUAGGUGGCAAAAUGAAACGACAUGAAAGGGGUUUGACUAAAGAAACAGAUUUUCCUAAAGCUCAUCCUGUUAGUUCAGAACCUAGACGAGUAAUAAUUGAUAUUGAACAAGCACAGGCACUUGUGAGAAAACUUGAUCUGGAAAAAGGAGUUGAGGAUAACAUCUUAUGUAGGACUGACAAUGAAAGGACAAGCAGAGACAAGUCUCAUGGUAGUUCUUCUGGCCCAGUUAUUAUCAUACGAGGUUCAUCCUCAGUCAAAGGCCUCGAGGGAAUUGAAUUACUGGAUACUCUUGUUACUUACCUGUGGCGUAUUCAUGGAGUAGAUUACUAUGGCCUGAUUGAAACUAGUGAACCGAAAGGUCUCCGUCAUGUGAGAGCUGAUGGGAAAAAUUCUGAUGCAAUUGGCAAUGGGGACGAGUGGGAAAAGAAAUUAGAUUCAUUCUGGAAAGAGAGAUUGAAUGGCCAGGAUCCCUUGGAAGUAAUGACUGCAAAGGAAAAGAUUGAUACUGCUGCUGGUGAAUCGCUGGAUCCAUAUGUUCGUAAAAUUAGGGAUGAGAAGUAUGGGUGGAAGUAUGGCUGUGGGGCGAAGGGAUGCACAAAACUUUUUCAUGCAGCCGAGUUUGUACAUAAGCACCUGAAGCUGAAACACCCGGAACUCCUGUUGGAAGUAACUUCAAAAGUGCGGGAAGAUCUGUUUUUUCAGAACUACAUGGGUGAUGAAAAUGCGCCUGGUGGGAUACCUGUUAUGCAACCAACUGUACUGAAGGAGAAACCUCAGAAGAGGAGGCUUGGCCCAGAGAGUUACAUGAAAGAUGAGCGGGGCCGAAGAGAACGAGACAAUCGUACUAACGGCAGUGAAAGAUAUGAUAGAGGUGAUAAUCCACAUUCAGUGGAUUUCCAGGCGAACAAUGAUGCUCAAGCUGGGAGCAAUCUUGAUGAAUCAAUGUUUGAUGGUUUUAAUGGACAAGGGAUGCCUGUUUCUUCUUUCCCUUCGGAUAUGGCCCCUCCUCCAGUUUUGAUGCCUGUGCCUGGUGCUGGUCCUUUAGGGCCAUUUGUUCCUGCUCCUCCAGAAAUUGCAAUGCAAAUGAUGAGGGAGCAGGGUGGGCCUUCCCCUUUUGAAGGCGGCGGUAGAAAUGGGAGGCCUGGUUCCCACCUAGGUGGACCAGCUCCAAUAAUUGCUCUACCUCCACAAUUCCGGCAGGACCCAAGGCGCUUACGAAGUUAUGAUGACCUCGAUGCACCAGAAGAUGAAGUCACUGUGAUAGACUACCGGAGUUUGUAACUAUGCCGUUGGGCUUUGAAAUUUCAUUAUUAUAAAAUGGAUGGGAAAGACAAUAUUGAUUUGAGACACUGCUCUUUGCACAAUAAUGGAAGUCCAGAAAAUUAUAGUGUGCUUAGAAGCCGGCUAGGUUUCAUGCAGAAGAUAUGUUUCUUCCUUUAUUUGUGCGGUACUACUUCCGUUCCUGGCGUUUUUAAGCACCAAAACCUAACUGUGGUGGUUAGAAAUUCCAUAGAGAUUUUUACCGACUUAACUUGAGAGGAAAUGCUAUGUGAAAAUGAGUUAGAAAUUAUUGAGAUCACUGAGUUCAGUGGUAUAGAUAAUCUGGUCAUUAGCUUUUCCGAGUUUUGCUUAUUUAGUUUGGAUCAUGUAGUUCUAGACCAAUUAUAUUAGAGAGCCUGGUGUACAAUGUAUUGACUGUAUUAAGACAGUUCUGCUGGCUCUUGGGGAACAAGUUUCACUUUUGGUCGUGUAUUAUGAUGUUUUAAUGGUUUAGUAGAUUUAUGAAGUUUGGACUGCCAAGAGAAGGUUUAUCGGGCUUAUGUAGGUUGAAAUGUAUCCCGUUGUAAAUAUGGAUUUAUUGUGUAGUGGAUCCUUUAUCCUUUA